GCUCGCGCGCGCUCAAACUUUAUACGGAGUUUUCAAACUUCAGUCUUGCGCACGCGAGCACUCCUGCCUCUCCGCGAAGAACAAAAGCCGCGUUGACUCCGGUUUCUCCCGUUUGGUGCUUUGGGACUUUCUUUUACACAAUCUUUUCUCUUGUAAGUCAUGUUUGUCUCCAAGUGCAAUCUUAUGGCGAAUAGAUGACAGCGCGCAAAGGCUUACAACGUUUUAACACGCGACAGAGUGAAGCUGCAGUUAGUCUAUAGUUUAUUUUUCUAUUUUAUAGUCUUUUAAUUUAUAUGUACAGUGUGUAUUUAAACCGCAGACUCUGCGCAGUGUUUCUUUCAAACUUAUCCGACACUUUUACUUCUAAUGGAUAUGGCUGUACUCAUAUGGGACAUAAUUGUGGCGUUAUUGAUCUCUCCGGCUUUGGUUUCGGCGGAUCAGAGCGGUGUUAGCAGACUGUACGUCUUUCAACCGGGGCCGAGCGGAACGGAUCGAGUUCACGUGAGCUCCAUUUCAUCGUUCUCUGGAGCGUCUGGACAGCCGCACUCAUACAACGUACAGCUCAAAGCCAACUUCGGCGGGCAGGUCCGGACCAGGAGAACGGGUCACCAGCCGAACCCGAGCAUUCCCAUCCGUCAGGACACGCAGCCCGUCCGGCACACAACCAGCCAUCAUAUGAAAGUUUCAGGAGUGAACGUCUGUGGGGGGCAGUGCUGUGUCGGUUGGAGCAAGACACCCGGAUCUCAGCGCUGUACCAAACCUAAUUGCUUGCCCCCGUGUAAAAAUGGAGGAAUGUGCUUGCGGCCCCACAUGUGUGUUUGUAAGCAAGGAUCUAAAGGAAAGUCCUGCGAACAGACCACUCUCUCCCCAUCCUCUCAUCCAACCGGACCACUGAACGGACACACAAAAGGUGGACUUCCAAAUGGCGGCCAUACAAAUGGAUACGGCAACGGUCAUAAUGUCAUUCCCCAGCGGCCCAUUCCUCAGCAGAUCUUCCCACAGGGCCAAGGUCAAGUGCCAUUACCAUUGCCCGGCACCAGCGUGGGACACAUGACCUUGCCCAUGAAGCCACCAAAUGGACCCAUCCCUUACCAACCACAAGGGCAAAAUCCAGUUUCCAUGACGAUGCACCAGAGCAAAAGCCAGAAAUUCACGAUUCAACAGAAAAACUACCACACUCACACGCAGAUGCAUGGAGUCGGACCCACUCUCAACCGGGCUAUCCCACUUUCAAUGGGGCACAAUCCACUUCAUGUUGGGAACCACACCGGCCGGAUCAAAGUGGUCUUCACUCCGACUAUCUGCAAGAUGACCUGCAUUAACGGCCGCUGUCAGAACAGCUGUGAGCCGGGCAACACCACCACCAUCAUCAGCGAGAACGGACACGCCACCGACACGCUCACCGCCCCCAACUUCAGAGUCGUUGUUUGCCAUUUGCCCUGCAUGAACGGAGGAAAAUGCAGCGCUCGGGACAAGUGCCAGUGCCCACCCAACUUUACCGGAAAAUUCUGCCAAAUGUCGAAUCCAAAUGGUCAUCAUGGGCAACAGACGGUGGCAAACGGACAGAAGACACAUGUGCACUCAACACACACUCUUCCCCUGACCUAUGGCACUGGACAAAACCAAGGUUUGGUGAAUGUCCACGUGAAACAUCCCCCAGAGGCCUCAGUUCAGAUCCACCAGGUGUCUCCUGUGGACAGUAACGGUCAGGUGAAGAACUCGCAGUCCAGCCACUCCUUCACCUACCACAUCUCAGAGUCCAGCAGCAGUCAGAGCAUCCAACACGGACACAGCGGAGUCAUUUAUCCUAACCAACAAACAUACCUCCAAUACCAGCCAGUGACAUCUAAGAGCCAGCUGGGACGCUGCUUCCAGGAGACCACCGGGAUGCAGUGUGGGAAAGCUCUGCCUGGACUCUCUAAACAGGACGCCUGCUGUGGGACAUUGGGCACAUCAUGGGGAUUCCACAAAUGCCAGAAAUGCCCCAAAAAAACAUCAAUUCCUCUGCAGAGGCCAACCACCAUGAUUGAAUGUCCUCCGGGCUAUAAGAGGGUGAAUGCCACUCGGUGUGUCGAUGUUGAUGAAUGUCAGAUCCCGGGUGUUUGUCCCAAUGGACAAUGCAUCAACAACAUGGGCAGCUAUAAGUGUUUCUGCAACCCCGGCUUCAUGCCUGACACCACCCUCUCCACCUGCAUCCCCGAAACACCUGCUCUUCACGAGGAGAAGGGUGCUUGCUUCCGAUUGGUCAGUUCAGGAAAGCAGUGCUUGCACCCCGUGUCCACUCAGCUGAGUAAACAGUUGUGCUGUUGUAGUGUGGGCAAAGCUUGGGGCCCUCGCUGUGACCGUUGCCCCCUACCUGGGACAGCUGCAUUUAAAGAGAUUUGUCCUGGAGGAAUGGGUUACCAUGUGACCACACCAUACAUUUACAAGCCCAAGCCACCUGGUGGACACGGCCAGACAGAUGGUCAGGGGCAAGGCAAUCCUGCUAUCAGACACCAGGCACCUGUAGACCCUCCUGUGCCCUUCCCUACACUGCAGCAGCCCAUAGAGGCUCUCAGCAUUACAGAGAGACAGCUACCUGAGGUGAGGGAGAAGGUGUCACCUCCUGCUCCAGUGGAAAUUCUGCCCUCCCAUGCAAGUCAGGAAAUCUCACCAACACAACUGGCAGAGGUUGACGAGUGUCAUGUAAAGCCUGAUAUUUGUGGCCCAGGGGUCUGUAUUAACAGACCUGACAGCUAUGAAUGCAUCUGUGACACUGGCUUCAGAACCGACAGCGAGGGCACCACAUGUUUAGAUGUUGACGAGUGUGCGGAAAGCCCAGGUUUGUGUGCUAAUGGUCACUGUCAGAACACUCCAGGCAGUUUCCAGUGUGCAUGUGAGCCUGGCUUCAUGUCUAAUGAGGAGGGCACCAGCUGCUCGGAUAUCGACGAAUGUCGGGACAGUCAAGUGUGUCCGUCUGGUCUCUGCUAUAACACUCUGGGCUCUUUCAUGUGUUCUCCAUGUCCGGAUGGGUUUGAGGGAAGAAACGGCCAGUGUGUUGAUAUAAAUGAAUGUCUGGAUGAAAGUGUUUGUGCUCAUGGUCACUGCACCAAUCUGGAGGGAUAUUUCGUCUGCAUGUGUGACAAAGGCUUCUCGCUUGCUUUUGAUGGCAAAGCCUGCACAGAUAUUGACGAAUGCCAGGAUGACAGUGUGUGUACACAAGGUCACUGUCAGAACACAGAGGGGUCGUUCAUCUGCAACUGUGAGCCAGGCUUCAUACUCUCCUCCACAGGAGACCAAUGUGACGAUGUGGAUGAGUGUUUGGUGCUACGACAGACGUGUGAUGGCGUGGGCCAGUGUGUGAAUAUAGUGGGCUCAUACCAGUGCAACUGCCCACAGGGAUAUAGACAAGUGAAUGGAACUAGCUGCCAGGAUGUUGAUGAGUGUGAGGAUGACACACAGCCGUGUGGCCCGAACGGAGAGUGUUGGAACACCGAUGGCUCGUUCUUCUGUAUGUGUGAUGCUGGCUUCAUGUCCACACGUGAUCGGGCAGGCUGUGAAGAUGUAGAUGAAUGUCUAGAUGGCAGCAGGUGUGUAAAUGGUACCUGUUUAAACACGAUGGGCUCGUAUUUCUGUCAGUGUGAAGGAGGCUACCGUUUGGACCCGACCAAUCAGACAUGCCAGGAUAUUGAUGAGUGUGCUGAACUGGGGGCAUCUAUUUGUGGGGUGUGGGAUUGUCAAAACACACCGGGCUCUUACCGAUGUGAGGCGUCCUGCCCCCCUGGCCAUUCCCGAGGCGAUCGUGGCACCUGCAUUGACAUGGAUGAGUGUUCUCUGAAUGAGAAUACCUGUGGAAGUCAUGGUGUUUGUCAGAAUACAAUGGGCUCCUUCAGCUGCCAGUGUGAUCCGGGGUUCAAGGACUCUCAGGAUGGUCAGGGCUGUGUGGAUGUGAACGAGUGUGAACUUCUCAGUGAUGUGUGCGGUGAGGCAACCUGUGAGAACCGAGAAGGAUCUUUCCUGUGUUUGUGUCCAGAUGAGACUCAAGAAUUCAACACGAUGACUGGCAAAUGCCUCUCUACAACUCCAGCACCAUCGGUGGAGAGGAAGGAGUGCUACUACAACCUGAACGAUGAGAACCUGUGCGAUAAUGUGCUGGCCAGCAGUAUGACUAAAGAGGAAUGCUGCUGUACACUGGGGGCCGGAUGGGGGGACAACUGCGAGGUCCAUCCCUGCCCCGUACCAGGAACAGAUCAGUUCUCUCAGAUGUGUCCUGCGGGCCAGGGUUACGUUCCUACUGGAGAAUCUGUGAUUCCAGGAGCUAGCGUAGCAGACAGCUUUAGAGACGCAGAUGAAUGUGUGGUUUUUGGAGAGGAGAUUUGCAAAGACGGCUUUUGUCUCAACACCCCUGGUGGAUAUGAAUGUUACUGCAAGUCCGGCCUUUACUACGAUGAGAACAAGCUGCAAUGUGUCGACAUUGAUGAAUGUGAAGAUGAGUCUAAAUGUAUAGACGGUCAAUGUAUGAACUCAUAUGGCUCAUAUCAGUGUUUCUGCACUCCUCCACUUGUUCUUGGACCUGACAACAAUCACUGCAUUUCACAACCAGUGGCAGGACAAAGAGAAGCUGAUGUGUACGAGGGUAUUUGCUGGGAGACAGUGACAACACAACUGACCUGCAUCAAGCCUGUAGCCAACAGACAAACCACAUUCACAGAGUGCUGCUGUUUAUACGGCGAGGCCUGGGGAAUGUACUGCGCUCUCUGCCCUGGCAAAAAUACAGCUGCCUAUGCCUCAAUGUGUAAUAUCCGUCGGCCGUAUGGUCAAGACGCUCUGGUCGCUGGCCCAAUUCAUGAGUAUGAGGUUAGCCCUGAAUAUGACCCUCGACCUCUGAACCCUGACGGCACACUGCCCUUCUAUGAGGAUUAUGACACACCCAGACGACCGCAUGAUGCAUUUGAAGGAUUACGAGCGGAGGAAUGUGGCGUGCUAAAUGGAUGUGAGAACGGCCGGUGUGUGCGGGUACAGGAGGGAUACACCUGCGACUGCUUUGAUGGAUACACGCUCGACAUGUCCCGCAUGGCCUGCGUGGAUAUUAACGAAUGCUCAGAGCUGAAUUCAAAGAUGUCUCUCUGCAAGAACGGCAAGUGCAUCAACACGCAAGGCUCAUACAAGUGCGUCUGUCUGCCAGGAUUUGUCCACUCUGCUCAGCUCAACUACUGUGUAGCCCAAAGACAGAAUACAACCAGCUCAAGCAGGGAGUGACCACCAGGGGGCGACAGAUAUUUCUAAAAACACUUAUUUAAUCAAGGCCCAUAUACUCUGCACUGUAUAAAAAACAAACACUCAAAAACUACAAAAAAAAAACUAUCCUACUUGAGAUGAAGAGUUUAAUGUGCCAUCUUAUGGUGUCUACAAGAGAACUGUAUAAAAUGUUUGUUUUAUUGGUCUAUGUAAGUUUAUUAUUAUUUCGGUCUUAGAAAGUAGCAAGACAUUUUAGGGUGUUAAGAUGGGCGAGAUGAUUUUUCAGAAAACUGACAAACCUUAAGCUGGGGGAUUGAUUUAUUUUACCCAGUCAAAGACGUGCGUGUGGGUGGAUAUUUUACUAAUGCUAGACACUUCGUCUGCUUCUCAUCUUUUCUGAAAUUAAUAUAUCUACUACUUCUCAUCUCUGUUUCGCUAUUUCCAUCUCGACGCUCUUCUGUUUUAGCUCAGCUUCAGAUUUUCUCCUUAAGUGAGACAGACCACACCAAACACACCUGCAAUAUACAGAUUUAUAUAAGACACGCGCUAUAAAAUGUUUCAGUGUUAAGUCUAUAAAAUAAGCUUUUGUAUAUGAGCUGCAUUGUAUUAAUGACAGACGCAAGCUAAUUCUCUGUGUCUGGGACGCUGGUCCACUGCAGAUGUCUGCCCUGUGGAGCAGGCAUGACCUUUAACCUCACCUUUCUUCUAGAAAUUGUUAUUAUUAUAUUUCUUUGGAAAGAACAUAAUAAAAUGAAGUGCCUUUAAGUAUUUUUUAGAUUUUUUUAAACAGAACUCUUUUACUGCAUUUUAUAAAGUUGGCGAAAUGUCUUGCCAGGUUGCAAAGCUGCUAUUAAAACAGCCGUGGGAUUUUUUCACUCUAUAUUUCUCCUUGUUUUUUGUACAUUUAAACUGAAGAGUUGAUAAAAAAUUAUGUAUUUGUACAUGAAUGAAUACAAUCUGAAUAUCCAUAUUAUGUAUUAAAAAUAAAAUGUUAAAUAAAUCCGAG